AUGAGCGUUCCUCGUCCGUCCUGCGGACCGCACACUGCUCCAGUCGCCCAUUCCACCGAGUCCUCCGUUCCAGCUGAUGAGAAGUCGAGGACGGCGAGGGAGGUGCGCCGGCGCGCUGAGAAGGGGCUGGGCGGGGCUGACGGGACCGGUGCAUCCUGUGUACGCAGCUCCGAAGUCUUCAAGAGCAGUCCAAGCGGCAAGAGUGAGCUGUCGAGAUCAGCUCCUCCUCCUCGCCCUCCUUCGCCUCGUCCACACCCGCUUGCACCCUCGCUGAGCUAUCUGCUUGGCCUGCGAUGCUUUGCUUGCAACACCGGGAACCUUCCCACAAGCUGUUACGACUCACACCCUCUCCCACGCUCCCCCGCCUCCAAUCGUCCUCCUCGACUUCCCCCCGACUGCGACUCAACCCUCGCUCCGUGCAAGGCUCUUCGUCAAGUUGACAGGCGUCUUGCUAGCGUCUUGCAGUGGACCUCCGUGCGACGUGCCUGUCUGCGACCGUGCUCAGGCUGUGUCCGCGGACUCUCCGUUGGCGGAACUCACGUCCAGUUCCUCGCUGAGCUUUCUUCCCUUCCGCCGCGUCCCUGCUUCCGCCGCAUCCUUGCCUCAGCAGCAAUGGCUCACCUGGCGGCGCUCCCGACACCAGCCGACGACCUGCCACUUUUCGCGCGUGGCAGUCCUCCCGCACAACUUCGGACACUUCUCUUCCUUGACUCGAACGCACCGUUCCCGACCAUGUCGAGCGUCACAGUCGACGCCGACCUGCUUGUCAGAGCGAUGGAGGCGCGGUACUUGCCCUCACGAGUGAUCAACGGCGCGAAGGACUUCUGUGAUCCGACAAUCGGUGCUUGGUGGCACCGGUGGAUGCCCCAGAUGUGGGGCUAUGUACACACAACCCUUCGGCGCCUGACUUCAUGGGUUGUCUCGAGUCGCGGCGUAAGCGAGAUUAGCCAAGGCUUCCAAGCCGCUUUGACACGCCUCGAGGUCCACUACGCGUUUCCCAAUCCGAGCCGGGUGAACGAAGUCUCAGCGGCGGCAAAAGACGCGUUCCUGCAGCAAUUGCACUACAUCGAGAUUUGGCUACCCGGUGAACCGCUGCCUUCGCAUGACCGCCUCCUCGUCAACGCCGAACUGGGCGGACGGUAUCUCCGCCUUCUCUCGCACUUUCGUGCCGCCGUCAUGCUGCACCUGCCUCAUGUCGUCAACCAAAGCAUGUCAGAACUGCAGACCGCCAUCCCCUUCACUUUCUUCGCUUCCCUCCCGCUGGACCUCAUCGACUCCUUGGUAAAGCAGGCUGCUCGCCCUCGCGGUCCCGACGAAGUGCCGCAUCCGGAGUCCGUCUUUCGCUACGCCGUCCUCGACGUCUACGACCUCAGACUCGAGUCGGUCAUCGCCCUCUAUGAACUUGACGUCACCAGGCGCGAGAAGCUUCAGAAGUGGCGCCACGAAUAUCUCGAGCACCACGCCAAGCGACCAACUUGGUCAAGCGCCGAAACGCCGCACGACGCGCGGAUGCGGUCGUGGCAUCUCAGCGCCGUUCAAAGCUAUUGGGAGCGUCACUGUGGCGCUUUCCUCGAAGACUGGGAGCGGCUGGAGAACGUGCGGAUCGAGCUUAUCGAGGGGUACUGCAAGACGAAGAUGCUGCCGGCCAUCGACAGCGUGCCACAGCACAGCUCCAAUCUUCACUCUCUCUCUCGCAUCUCCCUCCGAGCCGCCCGCCGAUACGGGACAACUCCGCAAGCCUGGGCGGCGCAACAGGCGGCGAGGGCUUUCUAG